AAAAAAACUGACGGUCAGCAACGACAAUGGUUCGAUGGAUUUUCGAUCGCUUACCAGCUAAUCCGUUUCAAUUUCUCUCUUCCUGUUACAAACCAAAUAAAGGUGUUUGAUAGACGAAUUUACUAAAUUGUGUUGUAUCUGGUUGUUAUCCUUUGGAUGAGGCUUUUUAACGGCAUAAAUCUGAUGGUAACAGAAAGCAUACUGGUCUAUUCUUCUGUUGCUUGAAAUUCUACUUUCACUUUUUGCGUGGUUAUUAGGCACUAGUCAAAUUCGUUCCCCGAGAUGUCACGGACCUUUUCCCCAAGCCCAUUUUUGCUAUGUCCUUCUUGUCUAAUUGAGUUUUAGAGUAAUUUAUUUACAGUUUAUUAUUUGACUUAAAACACCUAAUAAAGAUUCCUAGGAUACCCCAGUCGGACAUGAUGAAAGAUCUCGUAGAACACUUUUGUAUUUUUGCUGAUGAGAGCGAAACUUCCAUAUGCCGAAUUGGUAAAGCACCGGCAGACUUCGGAAGGCUUCGGGAACCAGGCUAGAAAAAAAAAAUGGAGAAAAAGGAGUCGAGCAGAAUCAAGGAUCUUCAGCAGAAACGGAUUUUGGAUGAUGCAGCCCGAAGGAGGCGGCAGAGGAAGGCUCUGGAAGCACUGGAGCAGGACAACUUCCAGGAUGACCCUCACGCAGACCUGAAAAUGAGCAAGAAGGCACCCAAGUUUGAGGAAUCGAUGGAAACAACAGCACAGCCUGGGAAGAAGAAACGAAAAAGUAAAGCUGAUAAUUUCAAAUUUCGCUACAAGAAAAGUUUUGCUGCAUUAAUUGAAGAAGAGCACAUGUUGAACAAAGAUUCUCCCAACUACAACUCAGCAGGAGUUCCUCCAUCACGAUUUCCAGACAGAAAAUUUUGUGCUGUGUGUGGGUUUCCAUCCAAUUAUACCUGUGUACAAUGUGGAGCAAGAUACUGCUGUGUUCGAUGUCUGGGCACACAUCAUGACACCAGAUGCCUGAAGUGGACAGCUUGAUGAUGUGUUGAUAUGCCUGAUUACUGAGAUUAAAUAUACCAUCGAAUGCAGUAUGCUGGGAAAAUUUCACAAAUGGAAGACUGUCUAUAACAUGCCAUACAUGUUGAACAAUCCACGGCUACAAGUAGUACAUUCACAUGCGUUUCCAAAUGCAUUGUACUGAGAGAUCCAUUCUAUACUCACAAGUGUAAAAUACACUGUAUACACAUAAUUGACAUCUGUUUUCUAAACCAGAGCCAUUUUGUUGCGCCGGGACAGGUGCUUAGGGAGGUGUGGAAAAACCUGAGAGACCAUGGAAUUACAUGACUACUUAUCAGACUAUGAAAUAUAUGAAACACAGUUUCCCGUUUUAAGUUUCAACUUUCAGUCCUAAUUAAGUUGUUAUUAGAGUAGCCUGUUACUGUUUACAUGUAACUGUGUAUUGAAUUUGAUCUGUAAAGUGGGAUGGAGAGGAAUUACUAGAUGUGAGUGUAAAGAUAUGCAGGUGAAAGUUUUGUGAUUAUAAAACGAGACAUCGUAUGUAUACUAAAUCCAAUAUCUGUUAGAUGUAUAAUAUCAUUGUUAAUAAAGAUUGUCAAAAAA